UGAAUUUGAUCUCGCAAUCAAAUCGAAGGUUGCAACAUGGGGGCGUGUCCUAAAACGUCACACCUACUAGAUAUUUUUGUUAGUCGCAAUCCAACAUCCAUUUGGACCCACUCGGAACCUUCAGUGGUCGAACAAACUUCUUCCCCCGACACUUGAUAACUCGCAACUCCGUAAGACGCCAGGAUGAAAUCAGUGGUUCUCCAGCUGGGUCGCAACCUGCGAAGGCCCGUCCCGCUGCUCCGCAGCAGCGUCCACUUGGGGGGUCAAUGUCCCGCUUCAACCGCGGCCACCAUGAAGAAGUUUGAACAGCCGAUCACUUCUGAGGAGAUCUACGCCCGCGAGGACAAGUACGGGGCACAUAACUACCAUCCCCUGCCUGUCGCCCUGGAGAAGGGGGAAGGCGUCUUUGUAUGGGACGUGGAAGGCAGACGCUACUUUGAUUUCCUGAGCGCUUACAGUGCCGUCAAUCAGGGCCACUGCCACCCCAAGAUCGUCGCCGCCCUCAACGCGCAGGCCUCCAAGCUCACCCUGACCUCCAGAGCCUUCUACAACAACAUCCUCGGGGUCUAUGAGGAGUACAUCACCAACAUGUUUGGCUACGACAAGGUCCUACCCAUGAACACGGGCGUCGAAGGUGGCGAGACGGCCUGCAAGCUGGCUCGGAAGUGGGCCUACAACGUGAAGGGCAUCCCCAAAAACAAAGCCAAGAUCGUCUUUGCCCAUGGGAACUUCUGGGGCCGCACCCUUGCAGCCAUCUCCAGCUCCAAUGACCCCAGCAGCUACGAAGGCUUUGGCCCCUACAUGCCGGGCUUUGAGCUGGUCCCGUUCAACGACACUCCAGCCCUGGAGGAAGCCCUCAAGGACCCGCAUGUCGCAGCCUUCAUGGUGGAGCCCAUCCAGGGCGAGGCUGGGGUGGUGGUGCCCGAUGACGGCUACCUGACCAAAGUCAGGGAGCUGUGUACGCGACACAAUGUGCUGUGGAUCGCCGACGAGGUCCAGACAGGCCUGGCCCGCUGUGGGCGGCGUUUGGCUGUGGACCACGAGGAAGUGCGUCCAGAUCUGGUCAUCUUGGGAAAAGCUCUUUCGGGAGGAGUUUACCCCGUGUCUGCUGUUCUGUGCGACGACGAGGUCAUGCUGACUAUCAAGCCCGGGGAGCACGGGUCCACGUACGGCGGUAACCCCAUUGCCUGUCGGGUAGCCAUGGCCGCACUCCAGGUGAUGGAGGAGGAGAAGCUGGCGGAGAACGCUGACAGAAUGGGACAGUUGCUGCGCGCCGAGCUGCGGAAGCUUCCAUCAGACAUCGUGACCACGGUGCGAGGCAAAGGCCUGCUCAACGCCAUCGUCAUCAAGGAGACCAAAGACAUCGAUGCGUGGAAGGUGUGCCUUCUUCUCCGCGACAACGGACUGCUUGCGAAGCCGACCCACGGCGACAUCAUCCGUCUGGCCCCGCCCCUCACCAUCAACGAGCACCAGCUGAGGGAGUGCGUGGACAUCAUCCGCAGGACCAUCGCGUCACUCUAAAGUAUCAAACGGUUCCACUCAGCCACACAGCAUCAGAUUGACAUUGUAGUCUGCUUAUUUUGUCCUAAAUUACCAAAUCGUAUUUAAAAACAAACGUGUGCGUUACUCUAGUGACACAAUAUGCACGGAUGCCACUUUAGUUCACAUAAGCAUCAUUACUGAAUGUAUGGCAGUGCAGGUAGUUAUUUUAAAUUCAUUUUCAACUUUUACCAAUGAAGCAACUACCAUUGAAAUGUUUUUUUAUCUAAUAUACCAACAUAGGCAUAUACCCAUUCAUCAAAAAGUGCUCAAGAAGCUUCAAGAGCCUACCUUUUUAUGGUUAUUACAACUAUAUUGGCUAGUAUUUUUUACUAGUAUUGGUACUUGGAACCCGUGAAUGUAUCAGUUAAGUGACGCUACGAAUAUUUGGAAUAUUAUACAGUACGGGUCAAAAUUGUUACACUUGCUCAUGCUAUUGAAUGAGAAACUAUGUCCAAAUAUUUGACUUGGUGUUGUAGCUGUUGUCUUUUUUAAAAGCUAGGGUUUGUUACACAAACGCAAAAAGAAAACAAUCAGAAUUUCUUCCAAUAAAUUAUUGCAGUCAU